AUUGGGCCCCAGAACAAGGGACGCUUUCCCAGGCCUCGGGGUUUCUCCUUGUUUUGUUCUCCUCUCGAGUCUCUGGUCGGUUGGGCAGUGUAAGUGUGACUGGGGGUGAAUGUUGAGGCCUUGUUUCCCGCCGGCCUAUGGAGUCUAAAACUACCUACUUGGAAGACCUUCCACCUCUCCCUGAGUAUGAGUUGCCUCCGUCCAAGUUAGGAGAGGAGGUAGAUGAUGUCUUUCUCAUUCGAGCUCAAGGGUUACCGUGGUCGUGCACUGUGGAAGAUGUGCUUAGCUUUUUCUCAGACUGCAGAAUUCGCAAUGGUGAGAAUGGAAUACAUUUCCUCUUAAAUAGAGAUGGGAAACGAAGGGGUGAUGCCUUAAUUGAAAUGGAGUCAGAGCAGGAUGUGCAAAAAGCCUUAGAAAAACACCGCAUGUACAUGGGGCAGCGAUACGUGGAAGUAUAUGAGAUAAACAAUGAAGAUGUGGAUGCCUUAAUGAAGAGCCUGCAGGUCAAAUCUUCACCUGUGGUAAACGAUGGCGUGGUUCGUUUGAGAGGACUUCCUUAUAGUUGCAAUGAGAAAGACAUCGUAGACUUCUUUGCAGGACUGAAUAUAGUAGACAUUACUUUUGUCAUGGAUUACAGAGGGAGAAGAAAAACAGGAGAAGCCUAUGUGCAAUUUGAAGAACCAGAGAUGGCUAACCAAGCCCUGUUGAAACACAGGGAAGAAAUUGGUAACCGAUAUAUAGAGAUAUUUCCAAGCAGAAGAAAUGAAGUUCGAACACAUGUUGGCUCUCAUAAGGGAAAGAAAAUGGCAUCUUCUCCUACUGCUAAGUAUAUAACUGAGCCAGAAAUGGUCUUUGAAGAGCAUGAAGUGAAUGAGGAUACCCGACCCAUGACAGGUUUUGAAAGUGAGAAGGAAGUAGAGUUGCCCAAGGAGACGUCAGAAAAGCUUCCAGAGGCUGUUGAUUUUGGAGCUGCGUCUUCACUACAUUUUGUCCACAUGAGAGGAUUGCCUUUCCAAGCCAAUGCCCAGGACAUCAUAAAUUUUUUUGCUCCACUGAAGCCUGUUAGAAUCACCAUGGAAUACAGUUCCAGCGGGAAGGCCACUGGAGAAGCUGACGUGCACUUCGACACUCAUGAAGAUGCUGUUGCAGCUAUGCUCAAGGAUCGGUCCCACGUUCACCAUAGGUAUAUUGAAUUGUUCCUGAAUUCGUGUCCAAAAGGAAAAUAAGACUUCCAGAGACUCCAGAUAAUGAGGAUGAAGCAAGAAGCAUUUCAUUUGCACACCUUUCUUGGACAUGGGAUAUAAAGUUCCAGUUUUUUAAGCAGUAACUGCUAGAGGAAUGAUUUGGGGGUUUGGGGUGAAUUGCUUAUAAGAAAAAAUCCAUAAUGGACUGUUUAGCAAGAAAAAGGAAAGAUUCAGUUGGGGAUUAUGAAAUAAACUACAAAUUUAGUUUUUUGUUUAAACUGUCCAGAAUCUGAUUAAAGAAUCUGACCGUUAUUUUCUAUGAUUAAACAGUUUGUUUUCACAGAGGAUAUGUGACCCAGUGUAAAGACUACGUAUUUUUAUUCAGCACUCUUCCUUUAAAAUCUUCUCCCAUUUUAAAAAUAAUCUGUUUGAGGUUUUCUUUUUUUGCCUGUGAAUUAAGAGCUUUGAUGUAAAACUUCUCAUGGAAUAAAGUACUGAUUUCUUUUAAGCAAAUACUCACCAAAGCAAGGAAAGGUUUCAGACCUUUGAACCAUUAUCAUUUGGCAGAGUAGUUUUAAUUUUAGGUGUAUUUAAUUACUUUGAUAGUGAUAAGACUUUUAAAAAAGGAAUCAAAACAAAAAAUACCACUGGUUAGUGUAAAUGACAACAGUUUGUCAGUUUGAUGUCUCUGGAAAUGUUUUGCCUUUCUAAACCCUGUGCUACAGGCAUUUAACAUUGGUGUCUGUAUAAUUAAAGAGGGAAUUGUAGUGUCAAAAGUUGUCUGAACACCCCUGCCCUCAGCCCCGUCUUUCUUUGGUUUUCAGUAAACCUUGAAGUGUGUGUUAGUGUCAAAACUGUGAAGUGACAUGUCAUGGCAGUCCUGAUUGGUAAGGACAUUGAUGGCUUCACUUGAAUUUAAACCAGCUCUAGAUAGGAUGGAAUCUAAGUCUCCUCAUUUGCUUUUUUCAGUGGGGUAGCAUAUCCCAUAUUUUAGAACAAGUAGGGGUGCCUUGCUUAAAUAAAAAUAGCAUUUAAUGUAUAAUUGUGUGAAGGGUUUAUGGAUAAAGCUGUAUUUCUGUCACAUUGUGGCAGUACCUUCUGCUUUAAUAUUAAACAGCUUGUUAUUUAAACAUUGGAUCAAAAUAGCUGGCUUCAAAAUGUAGUCCUUAAUAAACUAAUUUUAUGUGCACCUGUAGGAGAAUCAAAGUCCUGUAUACUUUCUCUGCCUUGUUCCUGUUCUCAGGGUGACGACUGCCACGUGGUUACCAGGAGAUGCAGAUCUAGUCCUUAAAAUUGAAUUAGCCCCAGUUUCUGAGAGGUGAUAUCUGGAAGAGAGAUUACAUCUUCUCUCACUUAAUACAUAACCGUCUUUGAUUACCAGCUAAGAUACGAAAUCACUGUACUGUAAGUAGUCAAUAAAUGAAGGCUUGUUUCAGGCUGAAGAUUA